AUGUCCAUCUUGAACAACAGUGACAAUCACUUUCAUAGUUUCAGUUUUUCAGACAUAGAUGUUGGAAGUAGAAUUCCUGGAUCAAAGGGUGUGGAUAUGUUUAAAGUGGAGCCUCAGAUUAUUUUUAAGCUGCUGCAUAGCCCCACAGAUGGCACUCAAUUGUGGCUCUUUGCACUGACCACACAUUUCAUAAGAUGCUCCAGGAUGAAACGCCAUAGAAAUAUCAGCAGCAGUGACAGUUCAGAGGACAAUCCUUCCACUUCCUCUACUUUCGGCUCAGUGUAUAGGAGCAAGUCAAAAAUGCCAAAUGAACGCAAGAAGCCUGCCGAGGUAUUCCGGAAGGACCUUAUCAGUGCCAUGAAGAUUCCAGACUCUCACCAUAUUAACCCUGACAGCUAUUACCUCUUCACGGAUACAUGGAAGGAAGAAUGGGAAAAGGGAGUCCAAGUACCAGCCAAUCCAGACACUCUUCCACAGCCUUCCGUCAGGGUUAUGGCCGACAAGAAAAAGGAGGUCCUAUUUGUCCGGCCCCGAAAAUAUAUCCAGUGCUCCAACCCAGAGACCUCAGAGCCUGGCUACAUCAACAUCAUGGAGCUGGCGGCAUCUGUGUGCCGCUAUGACCUAGACGACAUGGACAUCUUCUGGCUCCAGGAACUCAAUGAAGACCUCACUGCAAUGGGUUAUGGGCCAGUUGAUGAGAAUCUUAUGGAAAAGACAGUAGAAGUCCUGGAACGCCAUUGCCAUGAAAAUAUGAACCAUGCUAUUGAGACAGAGGAAGGGCUAGGCAUAGAGUAUGAUGAAGAUGUGAUCUGUGAUGUGUGCCGGUCUCCAGACAGUGAAGAAGGGAAUGAUAUGGUGUUCUGUGAUAAGUGUAACAUCUGUGUGCAUCAGGCCUGCUACGGCAUCCUCAAGGUCCCAGAAGGCAGCUGGCUGUGUCGCUCCUGUGUCCUGGGCAUUCAUCCACAAUGUCUGUUAUGUCCAAAGAAAGGUGGAGCCAUGAAGACCACCAAAACAGGGACUAAAUGGGCUCAUGUCAGCUGUGCCCUAUGGAUUCCAGAGGUCAGCAUUGCUUGUCCUGAGAGAAUGGAACCAAUCACAAAGAUCUCCCAUAUUCCGCCCAGUCGGUGGGCCUUAGUCUGCAGCUUGUGCAAGUUGAAGACAGGUGCUUGUAUUCAGUGCUCAAUAAAAAGCUGCAUAACUGCCUUCCAUGUCACCUGUGCCUUUGAGCACAGCCUAGAAAUGAAGACCAUCCUAGAUAAGGGGGAUGAAGUAAAGUUCAAGUCAUACUGCCUCAAGCACAGCCAAAGCAGGCAAAAGCUCAGGGAGUCUGAGUACCCCCUACACAGGGCUUCAGAGCAGAGCCAGGCCAAGAGUGAGAAGACCAGCCUGCGGGCACAGAAGCUUCGGGAGCUGGAGGAGGAGUUCUAUUCCAUGGUCAAUGUGGAAGAUGUAGCCACAGAGCUGGGGCUGCCCAUGCUAAUUGUGGACUUCAUCUAUAACUACUGGAAGCUGAAGCGGAAGAGUAACUUCAAUAAGCCAUUAUUUCCUCCAAAAGAGGAAGAAGAAAAUGUCCUGGUACAGCCAAGGGAAGAGAGUAUUCACACUCGCAUGAGAAUGUUUAUGCACCUACGGCAAGACCUAGAGAGGGUCCGAAACCUGUGCUACAUGAUAAGCAGACGAGAAAAGCUGAAACUGUCAUACAACAAAUUACAAGAACAGAUCUUUGGUUUGCAAGUCAAGCUUGCUAAUGAGGAUAUUGCUGCAGGACUUCCUGUGACAAAUGCACUAGAAAAUUCAUUGUUUUACCCAUCACCAAGAAUUACCUUAAAGUUAAAAAUGCCCAAAUCAGCCACAGAAGAUGGCAGUAACAGCUCCACAGAGCCUGAUCAUGGACCUCUCUCUCCUGAUGACAGCUCCCCUGUUUGUGAUAUGAGGAGCAUGCAGGUGGCUCAAGAUUCACUGGAAAUGAGAAUGAAGUCAUACCCAAAGCAUCCACAAGAGAGCCAGACUGACUGUUUACUGACCAGUCUCAGCGAUGAUAGAAGUGAAGCAGAGGAUCCCAGUCCUGCUUGCAAACUGCCAUCUCCUGAGUUCUAUCAUGGGCAGUCUCUGGGAAAGCCUCUGGUCCUUCAGGCUGCCCUGCAUGGACAGUCUUCCAUUGGGAAUGGGAAAAAUCAACCUAAUCCCAAGUUUGCCAAAUCCAAUGGCCUAGAGGGCACCUGGUCUGGGGAUGUCACCCAAAAAGACAGCUCAGGUGAGAUGUUCUCUGACCAGGAGCCCAUGCUCAGCUCCCACUUGGGUAGUCAGGGCAGCCUUAGAAAAUCUGUGGAGCACCUCAGCAGGUCCUUUAGGGAGGUCACCAGUAAGUGGGUGAAGAACACAGAGAACCUCCAGUGCUAUGUGAAGGCAACCAAGAAUAUUAGCCCCAAAGAGCAGCUUUGGGGCAAGCAGCUUGUCAGGCGGUCUGCAGGGAGAGCUCCGUAUCAGGAGAAUGAUGGGUAUUGCCCAGAUGUGGAGCUGAGUGAUUCAGAAGCAGAAAGUGAUGUGAAUGAAGAAAAAGUCAGGGUAAAGAGAGAGAGUUCAGACAGGGAAGAUCCUCCCCAUGAUUCCAAACGGGAUUGCCAUGGUAAAAGCAAGACAUAUCCUCUUUCCCACAGUUCAAUGCAGAGGUGA